UGUGUCUGAUAAGAUUUGAUUUUCUAAAAAUGACACAGAAGACAUUUUGUUUUCCUUAUCAUUUAAUGUUUGUUUCCAAACAGUUUAUUUGUUUUUCCCGGUUUCAUUAUUAACGAAGAACAUCACAUCUAAUAACUGUUCUUUUUCCUGAUAUUAGACAUAUCAAUAGACGAGCCAUGUUUACUUAUCAGAGACUAUUAAGCCUACUCGAUGAUUAGGGAAGGAAUAUUCGAUAUACCAUUAUGAUGAGAAGUGGUUUGUCAAAUUAGGUCAUAAUGAAGGAUUCAUAUAGUACAUCAUGGUCAGCUGUAUACAAAUUGAUCUAGAUGCUCAACAUUGGAGGAAGUAAACAACUGUUGCUGUGUUAAGGAGUGGGGAGUGGAAACCAUGCAUCUGCUUUCACAUUGGUUUGUGGUGGGAUUUCUUCUCAGUUUGAUCCCAAUAUUCCAAGCAUUUUUUUUUCAACCAUCAAGAUUGGGAGAGUUGACUCCAAAAAAUCCAUCGAUUUUAAUAAAUCAGACAUUGGAGCUCAAUUGUACAGUAUUUCCUGACUCUGGCUUGAAUACCAGUCUUGUGAAAUUUUAUCUUCCACUUGACAUAGAGCCUAGCUCUGAUAUGCUAACUGUAGUGGGAGACAGGACGCUGUUGUUGAAAAAAACUAUCAGCAAGAUCGAAGACGAAGGAAACUACAUAUGUUGGAGUGUUAAUGAAACAGGCUCUCCUGUUGAUAUGGUCGGCUCUGUCAGUCUCAUUGUAGAAUAUGAAGAUGUAAGGAAUGUCACAGAUUUUCAAUGUAUUUUGGACAAUACUAGUAAUUCACAAGAGUUCCGCUGUAACUGGAUAUUAGGAGAGUACCUCCACCCUGCGUACCUGGAUGUUAACAUAAUUUUGUCAGUAGACAAUGGACAGAAUAGUGUCAAUUGUCCACAGGAGAAAAUUAGAGAGCAGUGUAUCUGGACAGAACAUGAUGAGCCAAACAUUAACUCCAUGUCUAAAAUAGUCAUACUUAACGUCACAAACUUAGUAUUCAAGACUUCCAAGAUAUUUAGAAAGGAAUUCUGGACACAGAACAUUAGUAAACCUGCACCCCCAAGCUUCAUCAACGCCUCCUCCUCCUCCCUGGAGAAAUGUGGCUGUGCCACCAUAACCUGGGCGACCAUACCCGGAGGAGUGAACACAACCUCUUCUGUCACUCUGACGUCACAGUGGAACACCGUCCCUCUGACUCACAUUGUGAAUACAGACAGCAGUCUGGAAGUCUGUAACCUGGUACCAGCCACCUAUUACACGGUGAACAUCAAGAUCAAACCUGUAGGGGGAAUGUAUUACAGCAACACUGCAGAUACAGACUUUGAAACUUGUCACACAGCCCCAUCUUUGGCACCUCAUAUGGAAGCCAGUGGAUAUUCCAGUGGAGACUGUGCUUAUGGGAAUCGCUCUGUGCUGGUGUAUUGGAAAAAAAUUAACCAAAAGUACCAUAACGGGCCUUUGUUAGAGUACGAAGUGUUUGUGGAUGAUGCAGAAGUGGAAGCAAGGGGUCCUCAAGAAGUCUCCUCCUCUCUCCCUAUACCAUGCGAGGGGCAGCAUAAUGUGUCAGUCAGAGGCUGUAAUCAACAAGGGUGCUCUCCAAAGGCCUCCAUUCUGAUUCCAAGCUACAGAGAAACAGUGGAUCUACAGAAAGUUAUAAUGGAACAAUCAGGGAGUGAAGUUCACCUGACCUGGUUUAGAACUGAAAAUGAGGCUUUAACAGCUGUAGACAUUGCCUGGUGUAAAAUGAGACCUGCAGGUCUCAAAUGUAAAGAUGAAAUCCAUAUUCUUAGAAGUGAAAAUGCUAACAGCAUAGUUCUGCCCCAAGAAGCAAUCGGUCAAGAUAUUGAUGAAUGCCUCUUUGGUGUAGCUGCCAUCAAUAAUAGAAACAUCAGCAGUGGAGUUAAAUGGCAGGAUGAAUGCAGAUAUGUAAAGAAUGCAGUGCCCCCAGCUGUUCAGCAUGUGUCCCUGCUCCCCUCUCUCCCAAAGAACAGUCUGACCAUAAGCUGGGCUCCGAUCAAAUGUGACUCAGGAACAAACAACGCUUAUAUCAACCAAUACCAGAUUAUCUACUGCCAGCAGCCUACAGAGGACACCUGUGAUACCUCAGAGGUUUCCAUGGUGAACGUGUCUGCAUGGGGUAUUACUCAGUAUACUCUCAGAGAUCUGAGGCCUGAUGUGGAAUAUGGAGUUAUGGUCAGGGCCCUAUCUCUGACAAAGGAGGGACCACGGAGUAAAAUGAUUACUGGACGGCCCAACAAUAACGAUUUAUCUGAGGGACAAGUCGUAGCCAUUGUAAUAGGAUCCAUAUUUGUCGCCAUUUUUGUUGCUGCUGGGUGUUUUUGUGUGGUCAGACAAGUGAGAAAAACCUUACACCUGAAUGAAAAGUUUGAAAUUGAAACUCCUUCUGUUGUUCCAUACAGGGAUACGCCCAGUGGUGUCUUUCAACGUUACCAUAGUCUUGCAUUACCCUCAGAUAGGUCUAGCCUCCCUCUGAUCACAGCAAAUGGAACUGCAAGACACAGCAGUUCUAAUGACAGCAGUUAUUCAGAGGUAAAAGCCAUAGAGCAAGAAGGAGAAAAGCACUGUGUUGUAAACAGCACCGCAAAGUCCAAUGGAGGUACAUUGGCCAUGGACGAUAUUCCACGGCAAAUCAGCAAAGAUAGCGGACAUGGAAGUAUGUCUCCCACCUCUGUAAACCAGCCAACUACUCCAGACAAGACAGUGCAGGAAAACUGUCAGGUCUUGAAGGAAUUGAUGUCGAACACUGAAUUUAUUCCACAUGGAUAUGCCAAGGCAACAGCCAUUAAUACACGCUGUUUUUAUGAUAAUGAAUCUUUUGAUACUGGAGAAGAAAACUCUCCAACAGACUCGAAAGAAUCGUCUUGCCAGUGCAAUGAUCUCUCAGGAAGUGGCAACUGUUUAUUACCAAACAAUAAUAAUCUUCAAUCUUCAGAGACAUCCAAAGAAAUCCAUCAAAUUCACUCUCAACAUCCCACGCAAGGAAUAGUUGAACUAACUUUAGGUUAUGUAUUAUACCAAGCAGACAACACUCAACAUUCCUUUCACGAACCACCGAGUGGUGGAGACCAGUUUAAAGAAACAGAACUGUUUGCUGUUGAACAUCAUGUGAAUCCAUUUCAGCCUUCGUUGGAUGACCAGACAAUGAAUGCACAAGUUUUAAGAAAUCAGUUUACUAAACAAUCGAUGAUCGAAAACAAUGUGUCUUCAGUCCCGAAGACUAGAGAAACAAGCUCCUGUCUGAAGCAGCCAAUCGAUGAUAUCAAUUUUCCUGAUUAUAUACGAAAUGAUUCCUCUAUCCCAGACUGCUUGCCUAACAAAUCAGGGGAUGAAACUGAAAUGAGUUAUGUUCCAAAUGAAGCAAAAGAUUUUCAAAAUGGAACAAUGGAGAAUUCAGUCUUAGAUCAUGUUUCAAAUAAACCAGUUGAUGAAAUUGAUCGGAGUCACGUUCUCAAAGAUUUUGAAGAUAGACUUGUUAUGGGUUAUGUUCCGAAUGGAACAGUGGGAAAAUGUGGACCAGUUGAACAAUUAAUUAAGGAUAUAGAUUCAGACAGAACCGCGAAUCAGCCUUAUAGUAACCAUGUUCCAAAUAAAGAAAUGGGUGAAAUUAAAAUGAAUAAUAUAAAAUGUCCUAUUGGAAAAAUUGAUCAAUCUUGUUCCCACCAGGUUCCAAAUGAUUCCGUGGAUUCCUUUAAUGUUAAUUCUGUUUUAAAUAAACCAAUGGACUUGCCUAUCGUGAGAUACGUGAAGAAUGAUACCGCAAAAACAGAUUUAGAGUCAGAAAAACUUGAAAAUUUCUCAAAUUGCACCAAAGAUGUGAAUACAACCUCUCAUUUUGACAGUGACGUUGACAGAAAACGUAAUCCAGAAUUUGAAACUGAAUCAGACACAAGUUCAGGGAGUUUUGCAAAAAGGUCAUGCAUCCAUAACAGUGGCUAUGUUACUGCUGACAUGAUAAAUUCAGCAGGCUUUGUGUCUACUGAAGCUGUUGAGCAAGAGAGCUCAGGAGAUGAAGGGGAGAGGGAGGAAGUGGUCUUCAACAGUGGGUAUGUGUCUGCAGAAGCAGUUCUGGCCAUCUGAAAUUUUUGCUUGAAGGAGAAAACGAAAGCUAUUGAUUAAUUGUUUUAAUCUAAUUAAGUAUUUGCACAAUAUCCAUUAAGAAGUUGUUAUUUCAGAUUUGUUUUAUAUUUUUUUAAAAUAAUGAUUUGUUUAUAGAUAUCAUAAAUAUAUCCGAUUGUUAAUUUUUGCUUAUGGAGAAUCUGCUGGUAGUAACCUUUUUCUUUGAAUUCAUGAAUUUUGAAUUAAUGUCAUUGCAUUCAUUAUAGAUGCAGUCAUUCAGUAGACCAGUAUUUUAGAUACAUGUGAAAAGUUUACAUGUAGUAUUUGGUCCCACCGUUACCAACUUUCCUAAAGUUACUCAGCCCAAAGACUAAGUUUUUACCUCUUUAAUGCGCUUUUGUUUUCAGGAUUUGAGUUGAGGACUGAGUUGAGUGAUUUGAAAUUUCUGGUUACGGUAGGGCCAGAUAUCAUUCAGACACCUUUUUCUGGAGUUGAUUUUUACAACUUUUUUUGUUAUAUCUACAGUGUUUUACUGAUGUAAAUUAAUCUCUAUGGUUAAAUUUUUGUAUAGUACCAAUGUACUAUUUCACUUAUUUUGGUAAAAUAAUUUAUACAACAUGCUUUAUGACAUCUGCGAGUCAAUUAAAUUCAGAAGUGAACACUAACUUCUGCAUUGCACUUUUGUAAGUAUUCUCUCCCUUGAAGCUGAGCGGCGUGUAGAGAGUAAAGAGUUGAAAUACAAACCGUUUUUGGUUACCUCAUAUAAACAUUUCAAAAUGCCAUCAACCACCUGCACCAAUAUUUACAUGUUUUAUUGAUUUUAUUUUCAAAUUGAUUUGUUUAAAAUGGUUGAUCUGUUGGAAUUUUUAUUUUUUUGAAAUCUAAAUUAAAGGAGGCCGACUUAAGUUUUCAUUGCACAUGUUUAUGCGCAUUCUAGUAUAAUACAGGUGAUUUAUACUUCUUAUGAGACUUUUUCGAUAUCAUUUAUAAAAUUGAACACAAAAAAAAAUAAAAGACAGAUAAAAAUAUUUAUAUUUUGAAAGGAAUUUUUUAUUUUUUAAACGAUUUUUCCGUUGUGGGUUAGGGAAGCGUUGCCAUUGCGCUUUUCUGAUGUUAUGAUAUAAUGAAGCUUUAUAAGAAUACGUUAUAAGAAAUAACAUAAAAGAAAAAGUAAAAAUUGUACGCCGUUGAAAUUUUAUAUAUGGAAUGAUGCUAUCCUCGAGGACGUUUUCCUUAUCUUUUGAAUGAAUCCAUUUUACAAAUCUUCAUUCGUAAUGAUCCAAAUAUAUAGCAAAAUUUGGUGCAUUUUAAUAUUUUGAGAUGGCCCCCACUAAAGACCAGACGGUAGAAUUUAGUUUUUUUUACAUAUAAGGUAGGAAAUUAUUUUACUUAUCAUAAACGUAUAACAAUUUUCCGGUAUAUUCCUAUAGUAAAUGUACUUUUACUUUGAGAUGGUCCCGAAACAGAACCAGACGGUCGAUUUUCUUGAAACUUCGCAAAUAAACUAGAGUUGGUUUAAAUGGGCAUGGUCACGAUUUUAGUCAAAUUUUAUUUUUCUGCUUUUAUUAUUUGCAAUGCUUUAAGAAUGCAUUUCUAAUGAUCAAAUGCAAUUUGGGUGCCAGUUGUUGAGUUUUAAGCAAGAUACAGGGCUAACAAUCAUGUAAACAAGGCUCGUGACCUGUUUUUGUUUACAUGUGUUCAAUAUACCAGAAAAAAAUCUUUUUAAAGCUGGUUUGUCUAUCUUAUUAUUCAUUUUAAGCAUAAAUAAACAGUUCCUAACGAUUAACACAUUUAUUUUAGGUCUAAAACUGGAAUUUUCAUUUCAACAUUCGAAAUGUAAACAAACGCUUUGUUUACAAAGCGAAGAAUUGUAAGCACUGUAACUCGCUUAUAUCUCAUCAAAAGACACUCAAAUUUUGGUUGCCUAUUAAAAAUGCCUAAAUGAAGCAUUGUAAACAUCGAAAAAAUAAUUUUUUACCAAAAUCGUGACCAUAACCCUUUACAUUUAAAAAUUCACAAAUAACAUAUGGUUAAACAAUAAAAACUUUUGCCAUUGUAGUUUUCCCGCAAGAAAAACCCAAAUCGGCCUCCUUUCUUUUACUUUUUUUUAAGUUAACUAUUUUUUCCUGUAAGUCUGGAACCGUUUGAUAAUUCUCAGAGUUGCUGGAAUAACAUAUUGUACAACUCUAUAAGAAAAUAUCUAUAAUAGUGAAUCAAUGCCUUAUUUUUUUUUACUUUUUUGUCAAAUGAAAUGAAUUUACAUCAUUAAAAGGAAUGAUUUAUCAAGUUUUAUUCUAGUUAUGCAGGUAUUGGACUGAAUCAUUUUCAUGCUCUGACUGUGUGAAAUUAAUAUUCUGAAUGAUGUUAUUUGUCUUUGAAUUCAGAUGAAGUUUUAAACAUCUAAUAACCACUUAUAUUUAAAUAUUCAUAUUAAUGUCAUAGGAAUUGAUUUUUGAGUAUAAAAAUUAAACAUCCAUUAAAAAUACUGUUUAGAAAUUCGCGUGUUUGCAAAAGCAAUUAAGUGCAAUAAAGUUAUGUUUUUUAAGUAAUUAUUUAUAUCUCCAAUAUGUUUAAAUCUCACACAAUAUAACAUUAUUAAUAAAUGUCCCAUUUUACGCUAAAAAGAUCUCUACCUCAUUUCUUGAAUGUUUUUUUUUUUUUAUUGAAGUAUGGACUUACUUAUGGUUCUAGUAACUUACUUGAU